AUGAGCGCGUGCGGGAGGAAGGCUCUGACCCUGCUCAGCAGUGUGUUUGCAGUAUGCAGUCUGGGGCUGCUGGGUAUCGCCGUCAGCACUGACUACUGGCUCUACCUGGAGGAGGGCGUCAUCCUGCCUCUGAACCAGAGCGCUGACAUACGCAUGUCCAUCCACUCUGGCCUCUGGAGAGUCUGUUUUCUGGCAGAGAUGAUUCGUUCGGCCACACCGUUCCCCCUGGUCAGUUUGUUCUUUAUGUUCAUUGGUUUUGUGCUCAACAAUAUCGGACACAUUCGGCCCCAUCGCACCAUACUGGCGUUUGUCUCUGGAAUCUUCUUCAUCCUGUCAGGUCUGUCUCUGGUGGUUGGUUUGGUGCUCUACAUCUCCAGCAUAAAUGACGAGAUGUUCAGCAGGACCAAGAGUAAUGAGGCGUAUUUCAGCUAUAAGUACGGCUGGUCAUUUGCGUUCGCUGCCAUUUCCUUCUUGCUCACUGAGAGUGCAGGUGUGAUGUCCGUCUACCUGUUCAUGAAGCGUUACACAGCGGAGGAAAUCUACCAGCCUCACCCCAGCUUCUACCGGCCGCGCUUGAGCAACUGCUCUGAUUACUCGGGUCAGUUCCUUCACCCCGACGCCAGGACGCGAGGACGCAGCCCGUCAGACAUCUCCAGCGACACCUCGCUCCAGAUGAAUGCCAGCUACCCUGCCCUGCUCAAGUGCCCUGACUACGACCUGGUGUCCUCCUCUCCCUGCUAAAGUUCAGUGUCCGGCAUCAGAACUGGGUUUGAAACAUAUAUGUGUGUCUUUGCCUUAUGAAAGGGAACAGACUGAUAGAAUGUAUGACUGUAAUUUUCCUGUUCUGUAGUGAGCUAAUGACUUUGUUCCAGCAGGUGGCAGUAUAGUAUUCUUCUCUGGAGUGAUUCACACAACUGCUAAGAUGAAUAAUCAUUGAAGUUUAAAGUGCCCCUAUUAUGGAUUUUUUGAAAAUUACAUUUUCAUGCAGUG